UCCGUUUUCUGUUAUUUUAUUUCAAUUGGGAUGCAAAAAUGACACCUUAGGUUUUCAUUACUGAUCAUUAAAGAUUUAAAUAAUUUUGUUUGGUGAAGUGGUAUCCAUGGCUGUUGUUUGCUGGAUCUCGCGUUUGCUUGCUUUGUUGUCUCAGUGGUUGCGCGUUUUCGAGUUCAUGAUUAGAUUAGUCAUACCCUCUAAUUAAUUAAUUAAUUAAUACAUUCAUUAUAGUUUGGUCUUAACUAAUUUGGCAUGAUGAAUUCGAAAGUUUAGGACGCGUGUCCAAUCACAAAAUGAUGAGUGGUUGAGAAUAUAUUUUGGGACAUUAAUCUAAGUUGGUGCAAGAUUUGGUUUGGUUAGUUAGCAUCUCUUCUCGAAAAGAGUAGAGUCACAUAUUGAUUUUUUACGUACAAUCUUACCUAUAUGUGCAUGAACUAGUUAAUUUUAGGGUAUUGGCCGCAAACGAUCAUUCGAUGAGAAAUACGAGUACCAUAUCCCAAAAACACAUUUAUAUCCUCAAGAUAAACAAGGACAAUUUAAGUAAUAUGUAAUGUAGUUAACAAGGGUCGGUUUUACCAAUCAAAACACUUACGAUUAUGAAUAUCGGUGACCAUUUUACAACCAUUUAGGUUACGACUUUUGUUGAGUAAAAUAGUCACGCAGAUAGGAUAAAUGUUUUUGAAACUAACACUACGGGAAAAAAAGAAUCUUUCUUACGUACCCAACGUUGUGGCAGAGGCAUGGUGAAGAGGUUUGCUAGUCACAAAUAAAUCUCAACUACUUUUGACACAUUCAAAUAUGGAAAAACUAGAACCAUAUAUAUAUAUAUAUAUAUAUAUAUAUAUAUAUAUAUAUAUAUAUAUAUAUAGACUCAAUGAAGAUUAAAAGCCUAAUAUUUCACAAAAUUUCCAUACCCACAUACUUCUUUCAACUCUCUUCUCUCACUAAUCACUAUGGCCACCAAAUAUUUCUCCUAAAUCCCACUCAACAAUCAAAAAGCUUAAAUUUUUUUGAUUGCCCUCUCCUAUACAAAUGCCAUUGCAAGAAUUCCAAUACUAAUUAGCUCAUUCAUAAUUGGGUAAAAAGAAUGGGUUUAGAUGAUGAAAAUUGUGGUAUUAAUGUCACAAGAAGAUCAUCAUCCUCACCAUCUAAUGACACUAGAAGAAGAGCCACAUCAUUAUCUCAUUCUUCUUCUUCUUGUUCUUCUUCUUCUCCACUAAUGACCUAUUCCGUAAUUGUUAUUCUCAUGAUUAAUCUCACCAUCGCUUGCAAUGGAGAUGUUAGUAGCCAACAACAACAACAACAACAACAACAACAACCAAAAGUGUCGCUCACAAAGAUGGCAAGCGACACCGUUUCAGUGUUGAAGGCAUCAUAUAGAAGCUCCUGGGACAAAGUUAAAAAUGUGAUCCAUGACAUACAACUUCAGUUUUCUCCCCCUAAUUUAGAUUUUAGAAGCGAGGACCCAAAAGUUGGGAGUGGAGCGACCACAGACAGGGUGAUUGGGGCAGCGGAGAAAAGCGUAGAAGUUGGCAAGCACGCUGUCGAAGAAACGGCGGAAGUUGCCGCUAAGGUUGUCGAGACCACAAUGCAAGUGACAACCGACAAGGUCAAGGGCAAGAAAUCUAGCCAUGAAGAGCUUUAAUUUUAUGAAUCACAAUGAUGAUUAAUCAUCAUCAUCAUCUAUAAAUUAGAUUAAAAUCAUGUAUUUCACUAAUCAAAAGCAAAAUUCCUUCUCAUUUAUCCUCCUCUCUAUGAUCUCACUCUAGUGACUAGCUCGAUUUUGAUAGACAACAUAAUGUAAGUUCAAAAUUCGAAUCUCAUGUAUUUUUUUAACCAUACAACAAUUUUUUUUGGUAGUUAACUAUAUUGCAAUCAUCUAACCCCAUAAUCUAUUUGCAAAAUGUAUUUUGAUAGAACUCAUAGUCAUAAUCAUGUGUGUCAUCAUUUUUUAAUUUUCGUUAGAUACUUGAUAGUGAACAAGACUUGAUUUUUUUUUUGUUGGCAAAGUCAGUGUUGAAAAGAUAGUCACAAGGAGAAAGAAAGAAAAGCGCGGGAGUCGACCAAUAAUCGAACUCCCGAUUUAGUUUAGCAGCAAAUUAGAUUAGACCGUAUCGAACAAUAUAAGUUUUCAGAUUCC